GAAACGUCUCCCCGGAUGCAGCUGUAACCUGACGGAUCGGUCAGCUGUCAGUUUAGGUGACAACAUGUCGCAGUAAACCGGCAGAUCACCGGGAACUAACCGGGUCAAACCGGGUCAACGGACAGUCGGUGUUGCUCUGCGUUGGCGGGAGAAUGGAGACGUUCAGUAAGCUAACCAGCAUGCUGCUGCACGCGCUGGAGACGAGGGAGCCCACAGUGGAUCUGCUGGACUCGUUUAUCGAUCACUGGAAAUCAGUAACUAAUUAUUACAUCGAGACAACAGAUGACAGUCGUCCUGUCAGACAGACAGAGAUCCCCUGGAGACUCAAACAGAUGUUGGACAUCCUGGUGUAUGAGGAGAAACAACAGGGUGUGGAGGAGACAUCAGCCUGUUUUGAGUAUCUGCUGCAGCACAAACUGUUGGAGACUCUGUGUACGCUGGGGAAGGCUCAGUAUCCUCCAGGGAUGGUGCAGCAGGUCUUGUUGUUCUUCUCUAAGUUGUUGUCUCAGAUGCAGAAGCCGAUCCUGCAGCUGGUCAGCGUCUACAGACCCGUCCAGAAACUGAUCCGUCUUUGUGCACUUCCUGGUUCCAACACUGAGAAGGAGGAAGCUCAGUUCUUACUGGUCGUCUGCUCCAGAGUCAAACAGGAUCCGCACACGCUCAGAUUGGUGUUAGAGAUUCUGGACCAACCAGCUUCCAGGACAGCCUCUUCUGACCAGUCACAAGCUUCCACUCACACAACGGAGCCACCACCGCUUUCUAGCCAAUCAGAUUCAUCCACCCACAGCCCCGUCCAAUCAGAAUCUGGUCUGCUGUCGGUCCUGCUGCAACUCACCAAGAGUGAGAGGGCCUCGGUGUGUCUGAAGGCCUAUGAGAGCCUCCUGCUGCUGUCGUCUCUGCAGUCUGGAGAUUCAGGGGAGCUCCUGUGUGAUCACACCCAGCUGGGAGAACUGCUGGCUGGGAGGCUGCUGGAGCUUUAUGCCCUGUUGCCUGUGGAGAGUCUGGAGCCUGGAGAGCUGCAGAGCUGGCCUCACACAUCCUGGAGCUCUCAGUUCUCACGCUGCAGCUCCGACUCUGCUGCUGCUGAUCACAUGACCAACUUCUUCUCCUGGUUCGACUUCCUGGAUCACCUGAUGAGAGAAGCACCUGAGCAGGUGUUAGCAGUGAAGCUAGCUCAGUGUGUUCAUCAGCUGUGGUUGGUGGAUGUUGUUCAGCCUCAGCUGCAGCACACGCGUGAACACUUGGUCCUGGUGUCCACCUCUGUUGUCUGUGCUACUGUCAGACUCAUCCAGUCACCCGUCCUUCUGGAUCAGUUUGUUCACUUCCUGCUGAAGACACAGCCACUGACUCAGCUGCUGCUGCAGCAUUGUGACCACAUCUCUGACCAGAUCAGUAUGGUGUCUCUGUCUCUGGUGGACGAGUUACUACAGAAGCCUCACAGGGACAUUUUGGACAUCCUGGUGUUGAGUUUCCUGCAGAGUCGUAGUUACCUGUCUCCACCUGCUGCUGGACAGGAAGACAGACACACGGAGACCAAUGAGGACAGCGAUGAUCUAGAGGAGGACCCGUUCUUCUCUGACAGCUUGUUGUCAGACGGUGAGAUGCUCCUCCCUCCUCUCUCCUCCUCAUCCUCUGUACCUGGAUCAGCUGCUGACGUCAUCAACAGCUUCCUGUGUUUAGUUCCUGUUGAGGUUCGAUCAGCUCAGCUGCUGCAGGAGGGAGGAUACGAGUCAUACGUGCACGAUGCUCACACACUGGUGACGGAGUGUCAGUCUCUCUCUCUGUCCUGGGAUUGGCCGCUCACCCUUCCUCCUUCCUCCUCCUCCUCCUCCUCAGGUGAGCUGCAGGAAUUUUUUGAAGGUCAACUCCUCAAAGUUCUCUUCGACCGACUGGGACGGGUCCUGGAGCAGCCAUACGAGUUGAACCUGCAGCUGACGGCGGUUCUGUCCCGACUGUCGGCUUUCAACCACCCACUGCUGCAUGAGUACCUGCUCAACCCGUACAUCCACCUGUCUCACUGCUGCAGGUCGCUCUUCUCUGUCCUCGUCAGGUUGAUGGGGGAGGUGGUACAGAGGAUCCAGCAGGUUCCCAGCCUGACAGACAGAUUGUUGAAUGCCAGGAGACACCUGCUGGGACUGGAACACAACACUGGACUGGAGCACCUGACCUUGCUGAGAGGACUCAUCGUCCUCGAGGAGUUCUGUAAGGAGCUCGCCGCCAUCGCCUUCGUCAAGCUGCCCCUGGACCAGCAGUGACUCACCUGGACCACCUGGGACAGGUAAACCCGGAGGACUCUCUGACAGGAACAUGUCCACCCUGAGGAUUCUGACAGGACAGUGCAGGGGUUCUGAGGCGACCCUGAUCAUCAUCCACCCAUCCACUGUCAACCUCUUAUCCAGAGUCGGGUCGCGGGGGCAGCAGCUUCAGCAGCUUCAGCAGCUUCAGCAGCUUCAGCAGUGAGCCCCACACUUCCCUUUCCCUGGCCACGUCAGCUAACUCUGACUGGGGAAUCCCGAGGCAUUCCCAGGCCAGAGAAGAGAUAUAAUCCCUCCACCUGGUCCUGGGUCUUCCCCAAGGUCUCCUCCCAGUUGGACGUGCCAGGAACACCUCCCUAGGAAGGCUCCCUGGCCCUGAUCAUCAUCUCAGCCUUAAUGAACUGAUGCCACAGUCUGAUCUGUGAGGUGACACUGUCAGUUUUAGACUUGUGACCUCAUUGAUGAUGUCAUGAACAGACCUCCCCCUUCACAGGUGAUGAGGACAAACAGACAGUUUAACAUAUUCUAUAUAAACUUUAUAACAAGUUUGAAUGUGAGAAACCAAAGAACAGAUUUUAAAUAAAGUUCUGAGAGUUUGGGAGUAAAUAACAAUAAUAAUAUUUGUUUAAUGUUGAUUUUAUGAAAUGUGCCAACUCAGCAUGAAUUUUGUAUUUUUUAUUUGAUUAUUUCAGUUUUAUUUUGAAGUUUGUUUGAAUUUAAACUCAAACAUCACUUGUUGCCAUGGUGACGGGCUGACGAGUGUUUUGUGAAAACAAGGAUCAGGAGUGUGUGACUGAUCAAUAAAUGAUGGGUUCAUGUGCUGAUCAUCA